AUGGUUUCAGCCAAAAAUUUAAAGGAUAAGGCUGUGAACAACAGGUUUACGACACUUCGUAUGAAGAGAGCCAAGCAUGAAACUAUGGCUAUCGAGAACAACUCAAACAAGAAAAGAAUGUUGUUCUUAGAUGGUAGUAGUACUCAAGCGAAUAUGAAACUCAUAUUGCCAAUAGAACAAGGAGCUAGAUCCAUAAUGGCUGCCUUACAUUACACGUUUUCUCUCCAUAGUGAGUUAUUUAUGACCAUCACAAGGUGGAAACUUUCCUCAUUCCCUCAUGGGUGA